GGCAGCUUGACACCAGUUGCGAUGUUAGCCUGUUUUCUUGAACACUCCUAGCUUCCAUCUCCCUACAUUGGUCAUUGCCACCUACCAUUAAGAAAACCAUGGCCGAGGAGGCCUCGGGAUCCUCCCAAUCUGACGGGGUGCUCCAGCAAAGAGUGGUGGCUCUGGAGCAGGAGAGAGCUGAGUUUAUAAAACUCAAGCAGCAGCUAGAGGCUGAGUUCAACCAGAAACGAGCAAAGUUCAAAGAGCUCUACCUGUCAAAGGAAGAGGAGCUGAAGAGGCAGGCGGCAUCCCUGGAUGGAGCCCAGGCCGAGCUGAGCUCCAUCCAGGCCCAGCUGGCUCAGGCGCAGGCCGAGAUGGAAAACAUCAAAGCAGUGGCCACCGUGUCAGAGAGCACCAAGCAGGAGGCCAUUGACCAGGUUCGCAGCCAGUGGCAGGAGGAGGUGGCCUCUUUGCAGGCUAUCAUGAAAGACACUAUAUGUGAGUAUGAGGUGCAGUUUCACCAGCGUCUGGAGCAGGAGCGCACCCAGUGGAACCAGUACCGUGAGGCAGUGGAGAGGGAGCUGGGCGAGCUGAGGCGCCGACUCACCGAGGGGCAGGAAGAAGAGAACCUGGAGGACGAAAUGAAGAAAGCCCAGGAGGAUGCAGAGAAGCUGCGCUCCGUCGUGAUGCCCAUGGAGCAGGAAAUUGCAGCUCUGAAAGCCAAACUUGCCACUGCUGAAGACAGGGUGAAGGAACUUGAGGCCUCUAAGGUAAAAGAGCUCAACCAUGUGCUUGAGGCUGAAAAGUCAUGCCGCACGGACCUGGAGAUGUAUGUAGCUGUGCUGAACACACAAAAGUCUGUCCUGCAGGAAGAUGCAGAGAAACUACGCAAAGAGCUCCAUGAAGUGUGUCACAAGCUGGAACUGGAGCGCCAGCAGCACAACCAGCUGAAGCACACAUGGCAGCGGGCCAACGACCAGUUCCUCGAGUCUCAGCGUCUGCUGAUGAGGGAUAUGCAGAGGAUAGAGAGUGUGCUGUCCUCUGAACAGCUCCGUCAGGUGGAGGAGAUGAAGAAGAAAGACCAGGAGGAAGAUGAAAAAGAGAGGCUGAGCCAAGUCAAGGAAAUACAAGAGGAGGAUGGGGGAGACCACACAGAGCCUUUAGAUGACUUAUUCUUAGGGCUGAGUGUGGAAGAGCCCCACACAAACCACAGCGCCCAUGGCUCCAUGCACUCUUUGGAUACAGAUGUGGUAGCAGGGGGGCUGUGUGACCCCUACAAAGACAACCUGCGGCGGGUUCAGUCCACAGACAGCCUAGGCUCCUCCCUGGGGGCCCAACAGGGAUUGGGCGGUCACAACCAUAAGGCUAAAUCAGCCAGCCACCUGGACGAGUCAGACUUUGGACCCUUGGUAGGGGCUGAUUGUGGGGUCAUGGAGGGCUUUGGCGACACUGCCUCAUUAAGCUCUAUCAAGCUGACAGCCAGCCAAUUCCUGCUGACAAAAGACCAGGAGAAGGCCAUAAAGGCUAUGACACCUGAACAGGAGGAGACGGCAUCACUGCUGUCCAGCAUAUCCCACGCCCCUGACACAGCCUAUUUGCCACCUCCGGGAUACCGCCUGGUCAGCGACAGUGAAUGGAACCUGCUCCAGCAAGAGGUGAAAAACGCUGGCAGGAAGCUGGGCCGACGCUGUGAUAUGUGCUCCAACUAUGAGAAGCAGCUGCAGGUCAUCCAAGGUCAGGAGGCUGAGACACGAGAUCAGGUGAAGAAGCUUCAGGUGAUGCUGCGUCAGGCCAAUGACCAGCUGGAGAGGACAAUGUCUGAGAAACAGGAGCUGGAGGACUCGGUGAAACUGGGCAAUGAAGAAACCACUGCCAAGGUGUCAGCUCUCAUGCAGAGAGUCCAGGAGUCGGAAAUGCUGCUUUGCGCAUUACAGCAGGCCUUCAGUCAAGCUAAGAGGAACACACAAGAACAGAUGGCGGUGCUGAUGCAGUCAAGGGAGCAGGUAGCAGAUGAACUAAGUCGACUUCAGAGAGACAACGAGAGCCUGCAGGGCAAACACAGGCUGCACUCAGAGCUCCAACAGCAAGAGGAUUUUGUGAUGCCCAACACUGUACAAGAGCUUCAAGCCCUAGUGCUGCGGUUGCGGGAAGACAUGGUGGCUGUGCACACUGCCACUGACCACUUGGAGGAGAAGCUAAAGGCAGAGAUCCUGUUUCUGAAGGAGCAGAUCCAGGCAGAGCAGUGUCUUAAGGAGAACCUAGAGGACACUCUCGAGCGGGAGAUUGAGGGCUGCAAGGAGGAGAUAGCGUCUUUCUCCAGUUUGAAGACGGAAUUGGAGCGAGUGAAGGCGGAGAAGGAACAGUUGCAGAGCAGCUUAAAAGAGAAUAAUGAGACACUGGAGUGUGUACAAGACUUGAAAAACAGUCUGGAACAGCAGCUCAAGGAGCUGACCACCACCAAGAGUGCACUGGAGAGCCAGGUGAUGGAUGAGAGAGACAAGGCCCAGAGACUACAGACAGAGUUGGAUGUCAGUGAGCAAGUGCAAAAGGACUUUGUCAAGCUCUCUCAGACCCUGCAGGUGCAGUUGGAGAGAAUAAGGCAGGCGGACUCCUUGGAGCGCAUCAAAAUCAUCCUCAAUGACACCAACUUGACUGAUAUCAACCAGCUCCCAGAGACAUGAUACCUUUUUAUGAAAUAACUGCGCCACACUCUCCCUCUUCAGUGUCAGCAGCCCAGUAAUGUUCUCUGACCCCUCCCUAUAACCAUAAUUGAAGUGUUUGGAGGGAAAAGGACAGUCUAGACUUGAGGGGACAAAGGCCUUUUCUGUACGUUAAGACUCUUGGAAUAAAUUAUGGACAGAAUAAUGAAGAACACUACUAAAAAAAAGCUGUAAAUAACUGAAACGUCUGUCUAUAACAGAAGAGGUGGAAGUCCAUCUUCCUGUGUGUCUGGUCUAUCUCUUGUUUCUACUGUAGAUAUGACUGUAUUAGCGCAACCAAAAAGAAGUUUGUUGGCUUCUGAAGCACUUUCCAUCAGCAACUUCUCUUUCCAGGUAAACAAAAACAAUUGGACACACAAUUAUUCUACUGUUUUUCAGUGAGCAGUUGAUAAUCAUUUUGUUGUUCCACUCACUUUUCCAUCUCUUUCUUUCUAUGUCUUUUCUUUUUGUUUUUGUUUUUUUGACCAAGGCUAGUGUCACUGUGUGAAAAUGUGACUUGGUUUGGGAAUGUCAUCCACUGAGACCUAUGACAAAGUUGAAAUGAAGGAAAUUAUUGAAAAUUAUGCACAUGCCACCCCCUUGCCCCUAUCCCCCCCCAAAAACGAACAUAACACAUUUGUCAGCAAUACUUUCUCUCUUGAGCAUGUAUCCUGUAUACUUCUUAACCCUUGCUCUCCGUUUCUAACCAGAGCAAUUUCUGAAAACUGCAGAAAUAUAUUAUGGAAACAGGAGUUCUGUUAAAUGUUGUUUUUCUUAUUUGUUAUACUAGAUGUCAAUGAACUCGUUAAAACACAUUUGUUAAGUCAGAUUCUGUGAGAACACUACCACUGGUAAGAACAUGGGUACACAAGUUAAGUGAAGUAAAGGGAAAUUUCCCAACAUGAGUGUAAAUGGAGCAUAUUGGAUCACUGAGGAAAUUCUAGUCAUGCUAUUCUAACCUUAGUCCCAUUUUUGGGUUGCCCAAUCAAUCUAUCUUUUUAUAUGAAUUCCUACUGCUUUGCUAUGAUGGCUAGCUAAUCCCAAGAGAAGCACUAACACAGCACUCAUGCUGGUUGUUCCUUAGAUCUGCCUGAAAGGAUUUGAUAACUCAGUGACAGAUUGAAGAGUCAAACUGAUCAGGUUUGGAGAACACCCCCCCCCCCCAUGUUUAGGGAUGUUUUCUUUUGAAUAACCUUAAAAAGAAAAUUUGCGCUCACAUACUCACAUUGUUCUUUGUGGUUCAUAUUUGUACCUCUGCACAUUCAGAAGGCACCAUUUUCAUCAUCACUUGCAUGGUGGUGAAAUGAGUCAUUAAGCACUUUUUGGAUGGCAAUUAAGUACAUAGCAUAAUGUGGGUAAACACCUCUAGUGACCAAUGAUGAAAUGUGCCUUUAACUUGGUACAAGUAAAUGUGGGCAGGUGGGUUCAAGAAAACUAAGGUGGCAGAUUUGGCAACAAGCGUAUCAGUGGUUUGAGAAGGAUAUCCAAAUUCAAAAUUAGUAUUGCCUGCUACCCUCAACCUGCGCAUUGAAAGACUAUUGACCUCAUUAAAUCAGCUUUCUCAGGUCAUGACCAACAAUGUUGACAACAUUCACCUUUAAAUAAAAUUAUGCAAAGUGAUUUUUCUACAUCAAUCGUUAUGCUACUCCAUGGUAAUUGUUCGGGCACAGUGAAGGAUCACUUUUCUAAUUUCUAACCACAAACCCACAUUUGUAAAAAAUCAUACUGUCAUUGCCCCCAAUCUGCUAUUAGAUUUUAAGUAAGUGAGCAGUAGAAUAGAGUUUUGAGAGCUAAUGUGGUAAUUGGAUAGCAAUGACUUGUAUAACUUGGAGGAAUAUGAAAAUACAGAGAAACCAACCAAGUAAUGGUUACCAUGGCAACAGAUACGCGGCAUCAGUAGCUGGAAAUCAUUUUUUUCAUUGGCUAUAUUUUGUUUUUAGGCUGUAAACGAAAAUUCUUGGCCUUGGAUAUUGAUAAUCCCACACCAUUUUUAUUAUUUGGAUGCUUUCAGAUGUUUAACUUACCAAGUAUCUGCACUUUAAUGAUCUAAACAAUUUUUAAACUGCUGGUUUCUUAAGGGUUCCAGCAUGAGGUUUAACGCUCUGCCCUCAGUGGCUGAGGUGGUUGGAAACCCCUAAAUGCUUUGGUUGGUUUAUGGAAAAUGUGAGCAUGAAAAGAAAUGAUCUCCUGUUGUAAUACAAUAUUCCAUGCAGGCAAUGGUUUUUAAUCAUUGCACUUUGAACAGUUAAUAUAUGUAUAUAUAUAUAUACAUAUAUAUAUAUAUGUGUGUGUGUGUGUGUGUGUAUACGUACAACAGUUUAUGAUUUAAAAACAUAGUGAUGUUUCUCACUGAUUCUUUUAAUUGCAUGUAUUAUAUACUUUAUGGGUUGCACAUGUCUAUUGUCUUGAGUUGAUAUUUAUCAUAGAAACUUACAAUGAUGUAUAGUGAGAUGAUGCAGGUGUUAGAGCAAGCCAGGUCGAGUUGCACUGAGAGAAAUUGUAUGGCUUUGGCUUGUUUGAUUGUGGACUGCGAUGAUCUGUUCAACCCAGUAUUGAAAAUUAGUGUCACAUUUCCUAAGAGAUAGACAUUGUUCGGUGUGAUUAAUUAACUCUUUGAUUCUGGACAUUAUGCUUUAAGAAGGCCUUAUUGCAUUGGCUUGUUAUUUUGAAUUUGAAAUUAAUUGUUCCCGUAAAUUUAUUUCAAAUGCCUAAAUACUUAGGUAUCUUAUCACUUAUAACACACAGAGCGUUUAUAUGAACUGGUUUCCCUUGGAAAGCAUUGCUAGUUAUCAUAAACACUCACUACGUCCUUGCGAUCAUGGCUACUUUUAUUUGAUAAUUUGUCUACCAUUGUCUAACAUAGUGAUGCACGCAAUUAUCUGGAAUAUGUACUGCAAAACGUUCAACCCAACUUGAUACAGCUAGACAAAUGAAAGAUGGAGAAUUCAUUUUGGGGUGUGAUUGAAUUCAGACUUUCGCUGUGAAAUGUAUGGUCUUCUUCGGUGACAUAGUGGCCCUGAAAGCUGAUUCUACACCAUCUACCACCCACACAUUGGUAUGCAGUACACAAAAAUAUCAACACGCUGAAUCCAGAAUUUAUUUAACAAAAAUUUAGGUGUAAUGAUUUUUUUUUUUUUUGAAGAUUUUGACUACUGGCUUUUUGGAAGUUUAUAAAACCCAUUGAAGCUGAAAUUUUAAAUCUGUUUUACUACCGCGUUUACUGAGACUAGAAAUGGAAAUACAAUAUUCAUGGCCCUUAAAAUACAUGUUAAGCUGUCAUACACUCAGCCAUUGUAUCAAAACCUAACAAUAAAUUUCAAAC